UGAGUUGCCCUGGUGACUCAGGGCAGUCUGCUGGAGCUGGAAGACAGAAACCAGACAGGCUCCGUCUCUCCCUCUCUUCUCACACUGCUUGGAUAUAGUGAAGUCUAAAAAGGGAAGAAACAUUAUGAGUUCACAGGUUGAUUGACAGAACAUGGAAGACGAAGAUACCAAAUUUGACCAAGCCUAUGGGCCUCUCUCAGAGCCUGAGGGAAAGCUUGACCCCUUGUUCAUUGAGGAAGAAGAUGAAGACUACUUUGAAGACUGCUUGGAGGAGCUCGAGGCCGCCUUUGCUCUUCCCGAGGAAUCCUUAGCCUAUUCACAAAAAUGUCGGGAAGCACUGCAAGCUGAAUUUAAUGGACUUAUGAGGCAGAUGUUGGCACAGCUAGAUGACUUUGAUGCCACCCAUGAGACCAAGUCUACUCCAUCAGCUUUCUUUGCAGGAAGUGAGCAUAUGUUAAUAAGAAAUGGCUUUGAAGACGCUAACAGGUAUGAAGACUUUGUUUCAGAGACAGAACUAUCCAUGGCAAUAGAUGAGCCUGAAGGCUGCAGUAUUGAAGCAGCGCCAAAGCUGUCUGCUGCUACCAUGAAGAUAAAGGAACUUGGGACAUCAUUUGAAAGUUGCAUUGAAGAGGUCACUCAGUUUGAGCGCAGGAAGGAAGAGCUGGUGCAAGAACUUCUGGAGCUGGAGAAGCCCAUGGCGCAGGAAGUGGAGGCUUUGAGGGCUGAGCUAAGGGAUGCCAAAAGCCUCCUCUCCAAGGCCAGAAUGGAAAGACAGGGUUUGCAAGAGGAGAUACGGGUGGUCAAGAGACGCUUGUUUUUCGCUGCUAGGGACUGUGCACAGAGUCAGGUGGCCUUGGCAACCCAGCAGAAAGGAGUGGAGCAGUUCAACCAAGCACAGGAAGAAAUGAAGGCCCAUGUUGAGAAGCUGACUGAAGAGAUUGCCCAGCUUCAUUCUAGACACCAGGACCAGCUACAAGCCCUGCAAAAUCAGAAGGACAACAUUACCCAGGAGUCCAGCAAGGACAAGACACGCUCCUACAUUUCCCAAGGCCGACGGGCCUCCGUCGACCUACAGCAGUACCUCCAAGACGGAAUCAAAGUGCUAGAAGAGUGGUAUGAGCCCCGGCUGGUGGCAUUAUUGAAGAGACGAGAAGGUAGUGCUGAUGCUUUAAGCAAAUCCAAGGAGCAGAGCCAGGAGCUAAAGGGCCAGCUUGGACCCCUGAAAGACGAAGUGCAGAGGCUGGGGCUCGAGAGGGCCCGACUGGAGGAGCGCAUUCGUCUGAUGGAGAGGCAGAGGAAAGAAAAUGUGGAGCAAUACCGGGAGACCAUAGAUCUCCUAGAGGUGAACAGCCGAGAACUAAAGACUGAGCUGCUGAUUCAGAUAAACAAGAUCAAAGAGAUGGAGAAAUUAAAGAACAGCCUGGUCAAGCAGCUAUACUUCUAUAGAGAAAGGACAGAAGGACAUCACCCACAGGAGAUCGAAAUGAUGGAAGAGAAAACCUGACCAGUGAAUCUGAAUUUGGCAGCAUUUUGCACUGUUUAGUGAUAUACAAAGUCACUUUUUAUUUGAAUGUUAUUUUUGUAGUAUGUAGUAUA